CCUUUCCUCCUUUUCCCUGUCUAAUUCAAUCUGCCAUCACAAAAAUCAAAGCUUCAAAAUGCUUCCCUUGUUACCGCCGGGAAGUUGGAAUUUCAGGAAGAAAAGAAACCAAUUAGAGCUCAGCCGGCCCUCAACCAAUGGGCAGCGGAGAACGGUUCGGCCAUGCAACCCGGCGGUCCAGUAUCUCGGAUAUGAGAGGCAUGAGGAUGAUGUGGCCUGCCGUCCUGCCUGCCUGCUUCUCCGCCAGCCAAUCACCGCGCCGAGGCUGACCCUGACUGAGCGGUGUUUUUCUCCAGGCCGCACGUGCUGCCCGCCUCCCCCCCCCCCCCGCAGAGGUGUCCCCGGGCUUACUCGGCGCUCAGGUGGGACUCUGGAUUUGCCUGCCAGCCAGGUACGCACGGGACGAAGCUCGUGUUGCAUAAGCAGAGAGGGAGGAGCGGCCAGCGCCUGGCGUUAUAGGAAGACUGGCGAGCCGGCAGGCACUGUGUGUGAGGUCAGGUGUCCUCAGACGGCUCCAUUGGCUUCUGCCAGGAGGCUUCUCCUCCUGCCUAAGGAGUUUAACCCAGAAAGAGGGCAGGCAGGCAGGGAUUAGCCUCUGAGAGAACGGCAGCCACUCGGCAGGCUAGCGAAUCUGCUGGAGCAUGGCAGAAAGUGAGCCUCGGGCAGCAACAGCGAGCUGCAAGUGGACUCGUCCCCCGCGGAGCCGCCGCUGAGAGGAGGAGGCGGCGGCGGCGGCGGCUGCUUGGCGGCCAGAGCAGCCGGAGCUUUCCAGGCGGCAGAGCGGAGGGAGAGGAUGGCCGCAGAAGGCAGCAACGCAGACUGGAUGGCCUCCCUGUCGCCUGCUCUCUGCGCCCUGCCACUCUCCAAUUUGGCGAUCCCAGGAUCCCAUGACUCUUUCAGCUACUGGGUUGAUGAGAAAUCUCCUGUUGGACCAGACCAAGUCGCAGCUGUCAAGCGGCUGUCUAAAAUUUCUUUGGUGAGGAAACUCAUGAAGAAAUGGUCAGUGACACAAAACCUAACCUUCAAGGAGCAGCUGGAAGGUGGAAUCCGUUACUUUGAUCUCCGUGUAUCUUCCAAACCAGGUGAAGCAGGGCAAGAAAUCUACUUCAUACAUGGUUUAUUUGGCAUUCGAGUGUGGGAUGGGCUGAUGGAGAUAAACACUUUCCUAACGCAACACCCCAAAGAAGUAGUCUUCCUGGAUUUCAACCAUUUCUAUGCUAUGGAUAACAACCAUCAUGUGUACCUGAUCAGCAGGAUCCAAGAAGUAUUUGGGUCAAGACUCUGCAUGAAGGAGUGUGUAGAACACGUGACACUGCAAAGCAUCUGGGAAAAGCAGCAGCAGGUUCUCAUUUUCUACCACCACCCACUCUAUGAAGGAUACCCCUUUCUGUGGCCCGGGAAAACAAUGCCAGCACCAUGGGCAAACACAACCAACGUGCAUAAACUGUUGCAGUUUUUAGAAACCACUCUUGGUGAGCGGGCAAAAGAUGGAACUUUUCAUGUGUCUCAAGCUAUUCUCACGCCAAGAGUCAAAACUAUUGCGCGACAUCUCAUCCGUGGCCUGAAAAACACACUUGUUCACAGGAAUCUCCCUUUGAUUCUGAACUGGGUGAAGUUGCAGAAACCGGGCGUCAUGGGCGUUAACAUAAUUACGUCGGACUUUGUGGAGCUGGUUGACUUUGCAGCUACUGUGAUUGCAUUAAACGACUUCCUUUUAGAAGAGAAUAAAUCUUGACUCCUCAGCAGCUUUCUUUUUCUUACCCAGAGUUUACUUUGCCUCACUUUAACAUGGAAAUGUUGCCCAGGCAUAUCGAUAGCUUUUGUUUCAAGCUCUCUUCCCCCAGCUCCCAUUUUACUGUUUUGCACAUUAUCAAGAAAAAUGGCACAUGCUGGUGACUGCACCAUUCUGGACCAUGUCCAGAGCUAGUGCUUCAGCCCAACUUUCUUUGUCAAUCUGCUGCACAUAUGGCUGUUCUGCCUGCAGCUGCUGAAAUACAGGAAGUGACACUGAUUGGCCAACUUGGAAGCUGGACACUUAAACACAUGGAAAUAAUUAACAGAGGCCCCUCUCUGGACUUGUUGAGUGUGUGCAUCCUGCAUGUUAUGAAACCCAGGACUCCAGCUCUAAAGACCAUUAUUGAUCUCUAAGCACAAUUUUGCCAGACAAGCCAAAAUAUUUGCUCUCCUGGCGACAUCAGUCAGACAUGUUCUGCUCUCUUCCCUUCUGCUGUACUGUAUUAAGCUACCUCGGUCACCUUUUAAACACCCUUCCUAUUCUUUAGUGUGAUUUGUGGGGGGAGGGUAUAUUGUGUGUUACUUUUUAGAGUUCAUUAUGAAGCAUAAAUUGUGUUUUUAAACCCAUCCAUCCCCACAUUUUUACUUGAACACUUGUAUUUAAAUUUGUCAUGAGAGUUGGUGUGUUAAAUCUAAUGGAGCAGAUUAUACAAAAAUAUUUAUUUAAUAUGUUUUUACAUAAUGGAGAAACACUUCUGAGAAGUGUGGGCUAUCUCAGAAUAACUCUGGGCCAAUUCCAAUAUAAUGUUGGGGUUUGAGUUGUUGAAGCUUUUUAGAUAUUGGGAAAUACACGGAAAGAUGUGUUUGGAAAAUAUUGCAUCUGCAAAAUGCAUAUGGAUUAUAUAGAAAAGAUUCAUGGAGUCAUUCCCAAACCUCAUGCCAGGGCACUUUAGUGAAAUAGAGGGAAUUGUAUGUGCCAUGAAAAAUCAACUAAGAGCCUAAUCCUAUGCAUAUUUACACAGACGUUAACCCCACCAGGUUGGUUGGUUUUCUUUCUUUUCUUUGUUUCACCUCAGAAAAAAUGAAUUUAUUGUUGCUAUGCCAACUUCCUAUUUGGAAGUUCCUCACUCAGCAUUCAUAGUGGUCUGAUUUAUUGUUUUGUUUUAAAACAUUUAUAUUCUGCCUUUCUUACUUAGGCAACCCAAGGCAGCUUACAAUUUUUUUUAAAGAACACAAAACACAUGAAUCUACUUGUGCUGUAUGAUUUUAGUGAAACUUCAGGGAAAAACUGAUUUGCUGAGAGGAAUUCCAGCAUCAGAUCUCAGGUUUGCAGUAGGUUCAAACUGAUGCCAAAGAAACCUGGUUCCAAACCUGAUUGUUUCAGUUUUGUAUCUUUUGCCCAUUCCUCAUGCUAAGAACCAUUUCAGCCAGAAUGAAUGUGUUUGAGCAGAAAAAGAUGGCAAUAUUUGCAUGACCUUCUACAGGGCUGGCUUAAACAGGUCUAUACAGAGCCUGGAAUGUGUUACUGUAUGAACCUACCUCAAGACAGAAUCAUUGGGCUUAAACAGUUUAAUGUUUGAAGUGGUUUAAAGCUCUUCAGUUGAAGAUUGAAGUGGUUAUCUUUUAUUACUCCCCUUCCUUUGUUUCAGUUGUAUAUUUAUUUGAACAGAAUAGCGUGUGGUAGCAUGAGAUGUUUUCUGGUUUCUUUUACUAACAUUACAACAUUUUAUAAUUUCUUUUGUUUCUUGAGCAUUAAAUUGGUGCAGGUAUGAGAACACUGUUUGGAAUCUGAAAUGUUAGCACAGAAAUAACUAUUAAAUAUUGGGUUUUGUCCUUGAAAAAAAGAGGGGGAAGUGCAUAGACUUUCAAGCCAACUGUAUUUCUAGUGGACUCCUAUUAUCACAGCAAGAUGACUGUUGCUGUAAAUUUGAGGGACACUUUGCACAACUGCACAAGUUACCUGGGGAUAAACAACUCAUAGAGGCUUCUUCAGCCUCUGACUUAUUUAUGUAUUCAAUGAAUGAAAUGAAGUAAAAAAAGGGACUGUCAGUCCUCUGAGUCACCUGUCUGCUGUCUUUGGAUAUGUGGUCAUGACUGAUGAUUGAUUGAACUUGCCAUUCCAUGGAAAGCACAACAGGGUCCUGAGAAUGAAUCAAGGAGAUGUGAUUAGAACACACCUUGAAUUCCCUAUUUGGGAAUGAAGAGGAAGUUACUAAUAGCCUUUGGUUUUUGUUAUGUAAACAGGGAUGUUUCAGUGUGGGGUUAAGUUAAAAUAGGAGGCUAGUCUGCAAGUAGGGAAAAUAGCAGUCUGUUAUUAAGUCUGGAUAUUUAUAUAUUAUAUGUUGAUCUAAAAUUUGUAUUGGAUGGCCAUCUGUAGCAGUUUCCUGCACUGGAGUAGACCUUCAAUGUAUUUUAACUCUAAAAUUCUAUGAGGCUAGCCCAGCCCAGUUUUUUCCCAUUGUGAGAACCAGCAGGCUUGCAGGCAAGCCCGGUGGUUGUCUGCCGGCUAGCCCCCCAAAGUAGCCCUCCCCUUAGCCCAGGUUAGCGGAGCGAGUGUGCCGCUCACCCAGGUUUUCUGAUCGUGUGCCAUCACGGCGCGGCUCUACACCAUGGCGACACACAAGGGGACCCCUGCUGGUAGGCUGCAAGCAGCCUCCGAGGUUCGGAGGUCUCUCCAGGAUGCCCUGCACGCUGGCACAAAUCCUCCUGGAACUUCCAGGGCCCGCAUAGCCCCCAAUCCCUGCCGCCCCUGUCAGUUCCAUGACAGCUAUGAGCAGCUGCUUGACUGCAGAGAGAGUGGGCUAAGCCCUCUCUCCCCACAGAACCCCCUCCAGCACUUCACACCAAUUGUGUGAAAUGCCUCUAUGUAUCCUACCUCUUAUGUUCAGAGCAAAAAUGUAUUUUAAAAUGGUUAAAAUGCUUGAAAUGUGUGAAACAUAGUAAACUAAAAUGAGUCCACUAUCCCCUUGACCUGGCUACUAAAAUUCAACUAAUUCUGCUGCCAAUGUGGUCCCUCGGGUUACCUUUCCCAUGAUAAAAUGAUUUUUACCAGGCCUAUUUUGCCUGACAUUUCAUUUGACCACCCCUCACAUUUGAGAUGUAACAUGAAAAUCUUCACUUAGGGUGUUUCAGGUCUCUAGACAGGGGGUUUACUAACUGUAGAACAGCUGUAUCCUUGUCAUGUGAACAAGGUGUGUAGAUGGAAAUUAUAAAACUGGUGCUUUUGCUUGAUCCUUAGCAUUGCAACUAGUCAUAAAAAUUGAGGCUGCCUUUGAGUUGUGAAAGACCCAAGCUGCUUGAUUAUUAUGGCUGAAUGAGUCUCCUUUUGGAGAAUGGUCUGUCAUUUAACAGCUUUACAGUCUGAGGCCUGGCUCAUACAGUCAGUAUCCUCAUGCGUAGCUGCUGGCAACACAACCUCGUGAGGGCAAGUCUACAUGACAGGCUGUUCCAUGAAGCAGUUCUUCUGUAGGCGGGUUUCAUUGGCACAAUUAAAAUCCAUCUGAAUGAAAAGAGAACUCAAAAAUGCACAGAAGAUACUAUACAACACUUUUUAGUCUAAUGACUCUUCCUUAGGGAUGAUUGUUGGUUCAGUUUUGUAAGACAAACCAAAACUCUCUUCUACACCAUCUCAGAAUACUUGUGUUUCCCAUUGAAAGAACUGUAUCAGAGUUGUCCCUGAGGAAGAAAUGAAAAGAUUUAAAAUGCAUUAGACAAUCUAUUAUCUUCUGUGUACCUCUAAGGCUUCAUCUCCUUUCCUAUAAUUGCUUUCCCAUCUUUCCUUUAUAAAAUCCACCUGAAUCUCAUGGAAAGGAGCAUCAUUCAUACAAACAGCUUAUUGUAUGAAGACAUACAUUUGUUGAAUGAAGGCCACUCACAUCAGUUGUGAAAUGUGUGAAUGGACUUUACUACAUGAUCAGUGUCCAGGAUAGGGAAGUCAUUUCAGAUAUAAAGAUAUUAAGGUCAUUUUAAAGCCAAGCUACAUGUGCACACAAAUGCAUGCUAUAGAGGUGUGCUUCCAACCAGAUGUGCCUCUUUUCCUGUCAAAAAGAGCUGCACAAAGGGGUGGAUCCAGUUAAGCCCAGGGGCCACAGGAGGGAGAGAUUCAUUUUCUCUCUCCACAGCCUGCUUUCCUGCCGGGGAUUGGCCCCUUGAAGCAGCAAUUUGCCCCUCAAGCAGUGAUUUCUGAUUUGGGAGUAAAUCACCACUUCAGGGGCAUGAUUUUCAGUGGCAAAACUGGGCCAGAGCGGGGGAGGGAGUGAAUCUCCUUGCCAACCCUGGUCCCAACCAGGUUCUCCAUUGUCCUCUGCAUGGCUGUUUUAGUUUGAAAUGCAAUUUACUAGUUGUGAGGAUGAGACUUCUCCGCAGCUGGAUAUCUUUUUAACAGUUAACUCUUUUCUUUUACUUUUUAAAGAAACCUUUUUGUAGACUGCUAUAAAUCAUUAUAUUUGAAAUUAUGGACUAUAUUACAUUUUGUCAUUAAUGAACUGUUCUGUGUUCGAUGCCUAGCACAAUAUGCUAAUUCUUGAUUCAACUUUAGGCCCUGGAGCAGCCUGCAUUAUGCAUUGAGUUUGUCUGUCUCAAUUAUGAUGCAAUAGAGCCAUUGCUUUGGAUAUGUCUAAAAAGCUCAAUGAGCAAGCAAGAACUUGACAAACAAGAUUUUAUGUUAUUUAAUGGCAUGGAAUCUCUCUUCAGCCUUGGGAAUGUGAUACCCAUCAGAGUUUGUGGGACAGAGAGAGAAAGAGUUAGAAGUCAUUUCUGUUUAGAGUUUGGAGGCAGAAGCAGAGAGAGAGAGAGAGUUUUGAAAUGGCAGAAGGAAAGCACCCUGUUAUUGAGUUACUCACUUUGAAAACCAAAUCCAGUACCAGUGGCCAUACUGCCUGUUUUAGAACCUAUUGAUUUCUGCUAUGCUCUGAAGAUAUUACAAAAACACCAUAAGUCUCCAGUGUGCCCUUAUUUUAAAAAAAAACCUAGUGCUGCCCCUGGACUUCUCAUCCUGAAUGUGUGACAGUUGUAACAUGCCUUCCCAAAAGCUAGUCAAUAAAGCAUGGCACUAUCCCCUUUCUUCAAGAGAUAGAUAGGCAAUAUUUAAAUAGAUAGGCAAUGUAUAGCAGGCAUUAAUUUAUUUCGUCUCUCUGGGACCUGCACAAUAAAGAAACAGGACUUUUCUUGUGGUUUGGCACGAGGCAAAGCACUCUAGAAUUCCUUAUGUUUCUGAUGCAAAAUUGCUGCUGUUUCACCUGCAGGGUCUGUUUUGUAGCAGAACUGCUAUGAAGCAGAACCCUACAGAGAUGUUCAUUUCCUCAAAGUCCGCUGCUUCAAAUCUUCCCAGUGUUGUAGAGCCAAUUUUACCCAACAGUGGGGUUUCUUUUAUAAUGGCUCUUACCUUUAUUCUGUGUGUAUAUCUGUACAUCCUACAUAUUUUUUUCUAAGAAACCAGUUCACAAUUACUACAAGCAUUUGAAUUUUUUCAUAUGAAUAGCAAAUAGAAAAUAAGAGAUUUUAUUUUCUUUUGCUUUUCGUGAUCUGUUGCAUGUGUUGUCUUCUUAUGGUCCAUGAGCAACCUUCUGUCAAUGCUGCUGGUUUUAUUUACAAUUAAUAAGUAAAAGUCAUAGCAAAAUAUGUAAUUGUAAUUAUAUGUAUAAUUUGUAAUUUAUUUAUUUAUUAAGUAAGCAUUGUUAUUUCCUGUAAGCAUCUGAUAUCUGGUUUUGCGUUAUGUAAAAUACGCUUUCAGUCAGUUGCCUCGUUUUUAAUAGUCCUUGUUUUUCCUGAAAAGGUAUACAUUUCACCUUUUUCUUCCAAAUGUCUAUUCUUCCUAGUUUUUUGGUCCACUGCACCCUAUGUGAUCGAUCACAGCCCUACUGAGUAUUGUAAAACCAGGAUACCUCACUUAAUUUAUGCACAUAAAAUGUGUGACUAACAUCUGUUCUUCACAUUUACUCAGUGUUUCUGACCCUGGAAUUUCUAACUUUAGACGUGAGUGUGCAAUGUGGAUGGAUGCAAUAGAAUUGUUCUGUUAACUUGUCAAUGUAAUAAAAUUAUUUUGAUAUUCUAGAAAACUA